CAACGCGGACCAGUUCACCGGAGUGGGGAUCAAGGUGUCGUUCACCGGCGGGGAGGGAGACAUGCGCGAGAUGAACCAGCUCUCCGGCGGACAGAAGUCGCUCGUCGCCCUCGCGCUCAUCUUCGCCAUACAGAAGUGCGAUCCCGCACCGUUCUAUCUAUUUGAUGAAAUUGAUCAGGCGUUGGACGCGCAGCAUCGUAAAGCGAUAGCCAACAUGAUCCACGAAUUGUCUGCGUCUGCGCAGUUCAUCACGACGACAUUCAGACCGGAGCUGCUCGAGCACGCGCAUAAGUUCUACGGCGUGAAGUUCCGGAACAAAGUGUCGCACGUCGAGUGUGUCACACAGGACGAGGCGCGAGACUUUGUUGAAGACAGCGCUACUCAUGCAUAAUACUUAUAUAUCUUAACCCAUCAUAUUUACAAUACAUUUUGUUAAACUAUUUACUAUUUUUGACAAAACAGACUAUAGUAGAGUUCCAUUGAAAGUCCGCUGCUGGUCUUCGGGCUUUCUGAUGACGUCACGUGGUUAAAAAUUCUCGUCCCCAUUCGUCAUAAGGAUUUUCAUAUCCAUGUGACAUGGGAUUGAGGAAUCGCAUUUUAAUAAUAUCAGGGGACUAGGCUAAGGGCAUUCGCUACGAAGCGAUUCCACAACGAACUUCAAAAAUGUAUAGAACUGAUAACAUUCGAUAAGUCACGUGACUGUCGCGCUUCAGUUCUAUACAUUUAUGAAAUUCUCUAUGGAAUCGCUUCUAAGCGAAUGCACUUCGUGUAACCCUUCAGUUAUUUUAUUAGGAUUCUAAAAUUAAAUAGAAGCAAAUAAUUUUUUUAUAUUCUUUUUAGUAAUAGAAUCGACCACUAGUAGUUUGAAUGAAGAUUUAUGUCAGAUUUUUUAUUGAUUAAUUUAUAAUUAGUUCCAAUUUAAUAGUUUUUUUCGAAUUUUAGUUUGAAUAUCACCAAAGCGCGAUGAAUUGCCUGACAAGCGUUACGUUUUAAUGUGUCUAACAUAUCUCUAAUUCUAAUAACAUAUAUUGACAUUCAAUUACAAAAUUCUUGACAUUAAUAGACAUAAUGUUAUCGACCGAUAAAUAAAAGGAGCUAAAUCUUUAUAUCUUGAUGAUUAUCUACUGAAAUACAUAAAAAAACAUCAUUCUUGACUUUAAAUUGACGAAGUGAAGUGGAGAGAAAAACUGAAAGCUUUAUGUCGAUGGCGCCACCGUCAAAAGACCGCUGUCAUCUGCCAAAGUAUACGUCAUUCUCGCAAUUUAAAAAAAAUCAAUAUGUAUUCCUUAUUGAUUCUGCCGGAAUUAAAGAACUACUCCGAAGAUUUGAUCAUGCUGACAUCUGUAGUAAGCAA